CUUCUCAACUGUCAUGGCGGCCGCCGUGUGAUGAGUUGUACGCUGGCUGUGUUAGCGUGGUCCGUGCUGUGCCUAUGAUGGAUAAAGACCUGGUCCGUCAGUGCCUGAAUUACCACGGCCCGACCCUUCUGUCCUUACUGAAGUGCGAGCAGCAUGAGCACGCCGGCUUCAAACAGCUGCUGGGGGAUCUGUCCAAGUGGCCGCAGUACAGGAAGGAGAGAAAUCUCGAGAACAUCGAAAUUCAACAGUGUAUCGCAAGAAAAGCUGAUCUUCUGUUUUCAGAGUCCUGGAAAUCCAAUGUACAAGAAAAUAGUGAAUCACAUGAAGCAGCAGAAGGUUGCUAUGCUGUCAUACCGCCUUUGGAACAGUUCAUGGAGGUCCCCAGUGGGCAGAAGAGGGAGCUGUUUUUUCGGGAUGUUGAACGUGGGGAUGUUGUAAUUGGAAGGAUAACUUCCAUUCGUGACUUUGGAUUUUUUGUGGCUCUCCUCUCUAUGGGCAGUGGCAUUUUAAGAGAUAUAGAAACACUAGAAAUAAGUGCAUUGUGCCCUGUAAGAGAUGUGCCUUCUCAGAGUAGCCAUGGAGAUCCCUUAUCUUAUUAUCAAAUUGGAGACCUAAUCAGAGCUGCUGUAAAGGACAUUGACCGUUAUCAUGAAAAGAUCACAUUGUCUUUGCAUAAGUCUUCACUGCCUACUCACCUGUCUGAUGUCAAGAUGGGAGUUAUAAAUUCUGAAGAUAUGCCUGAAUACUACAAGCAAAGUGCUGCAAAGUCACACAACAGCGACACUUAUGAAAAGGUCUUACGGCAAUCCAUGGCAUUCACAAAUCCAUCCACUGUUGAAUUUCUUCUAAAUACUCUUGGGAUUGUCGAGUCUAACCCCCCAUCCUUAAUACGAGGCCUUCAGAGGACAAAUUUCUGUGAUCAAGAUUAUGCUCCAUCUCUAAGGAAAAAACAGUCAUCAUCUUGGGCCUUAAAGUGUGUAAAACAAGGUGUUGACUACUUUAAGUUGGGUCGGCAUGUGGAUGCUAUGAACGAAUAUAACAAAGCAUUGGAGAUUGAUGCUAAAAAUGUUGAAGCGUUAGUAGCUCGGGGUGCACUAUAUGCUACCAAAGGAAGUCUAAAUAAAGCAAUUGAUGAUUUUGAAGUUGCUCUAGAAAAUUGUCCAACACAUAAGAAUGCAAAAAAGUACCUUUGUCAAACCCUUGUGGAAAGAGGGGGAGAGCUUGAAGAAGAAGAAAAACUGCUGAAUGCCGAGAGUUACUAUAGUAAAGCUUUAACUAUAGACAACACCUUUACUGAAGCUGAGGAGGCGUUGAACAAAGUGCGACAAUGUAUACAGAGAGAAAUCUGAUGAGAAGGAAGAGAAAACCAAAGAAAAGAAAAUAGAAACCAGUGCAGAAAAACUGCGUA